AUGUGGCACGACACCAUCCUUCGGCGGCCGAGGCAAGACUUCAACGCCAAAGACGCGGCAAAGGCAGCCAUUAAUGCCAUGAACAACAACUUCUACUCAUCCUCGCAGCUCAUUUGGUCCCCCGGCGAUCCCUGGUGGCUCAGCGGCGUCGCCCUGACCAACGUAAUCGACUACAUGCGCAAGACCGGCUCCACGGACUACGUGGACCAGGUUGCAUACAUCAUCCAGGCGCAAAGAGUGGCAUGGAACGGCGACUUCCGUGCCGAGUCGACCGACGACACCGGGUGGUGGUCCCUGGCAAUGGUUCGCAUGUAUGAUCUGACCGGUGAGAGCGCCUACCUCAACAUUGCGAUCGAGGACGAAGCGUACAUGUACGAGUCCUGGACUACCUCUCCCUGCGGCGGCGGCAUGUACGUCGACAUCAAGGCGAAGACGUACAAGAACGCCGUCGCCAACGAGCUGUUCAUCAAGCUCGCCGCCUCGCUGCACAACCGCCUGGGCGGCGCCGAAACCAAGUACCUCAACCACGCCUUGACAGCCUGGACCUGGUUUCGAGCGUCAGGCAUGAUCAACGCCAGCAGCCAUCUCAUCAACGACGGGCUGGCUUCCGACAGCAGCGGCGCCUGCUUCAACAACAAGCUGCCCGUGUGGACCUACAACCAGGGCGUCAUCCUCGGCGCCCUAGCAGAACUCUACCUCGCCACAACGGACACAGCCCACCUCGAAUCCGCCCACGCCAUCGCCGACGCAGUUCUCUCCCCUCCACCCUCCACCACCCCACAGCUCACCAGCAGCGACGACGACAUCCUCACCGAAGCCAGCUGCCAGCCCGACGAAAAGGACGGCUGUAACCACGACCAGCAGGUCUUCAAGGGCGUGUUCGCGUCCAACCUCGCUGAGCUCGCCGACGUCAGCACGGGGGACCGCAAGCAGAGGUACCGCGGGUUCCUGAGCCGCAACGCGCAGACCGCGUAUGCCAGGGCGAGGGGCAGCGGGACGCAUCUGUACGACGUCAGUUGGACGGGACCCUUUGGGAAUUCGUCGAUUGGGAAGCAGGCGAGUGCGGUUGGGCUGUUGGUUGCGGCUAUUUGA